UGAUGCAGCGCGACUGAGACGCGCAGUUGAGGUGGAACAACGGGCAAACAAAAAGCUGCAGUGAACGGAUACACUUGGCUCCGACGUGCGCCUCCACAGCCCCGGGAGAGAGAGAGAGGGAAACAAAAAUCGCCUCCUAGAAUAAACUUCAUUAUCAGGUGCCGUUUGCCGCCCCAUGUGAGUCCGAGGAGCCUUCCCUGCUUCAGUAGAUUACAGCAUGUGGACUGAUCCGAUACUCUGACCAAUAACCACUGGACACAGACCACUGAGGUGGGGGGGGGAGAGAAGACAGAAGGUUGUGGUGGUGUGGCCAUGGAUAGAAGGAAGGUUUGCCUAUUGAUGGUGCUGUGGGUAAUGGCCCACCUCAGCUCUCCAGGGCAUGGCCUCAGGGCCCUGCGAAGGACUACAGGGGGGCGGAGGGGGUCCACAGGGCUGACGGGACAAGACGCCAAUGGAGUGCCGCUCAAGCGCUCCAAACGAGGUUGGAUGUGGAACCAGUUCUUUUUGUUGGAGGAGUACACCGGGACAGACAUGCAGUAUGUCGGAAAGCUUCACUCAGAUGGAGAUCGAGGAGACGGAAGCGUGAGGUACGUCCUCACAGGGGAGGGAGCGGGGUCCCUCUUUAAGAUCGACGAGAAGUCGGGGGACAUCCACGCCACCAAGAGGCUGGACAGGGAGGAGAAGGCCUACUACAUCCUCCACGCCAAAGCCAUCAACCGCUUCACCAACGAGGCGCUGGAGGGUCAGUCCGAGUUCAUCAUCAAGAUCCACGACAUCAACGACAAUGAGCCUCGAUUCACCAAGGACCCCUACAUGGCCCGAGUCCCUGAAAUGUCUGACAUCGGCACCUCUGUAAUUCAGGUGACAGCCAUAGACGCAGAUGACCCCACCUACGGGAACAGCGCCAGGGUGGUGUACAGCAUCCUGGAGGGGCAGCCGUACUUCUCUGUGGACCCAGAAACCGGACUGAUCAAGACAGCCCUGCCUGGCAUGGACAGAGAAGUGAAAGAAAACUACCAGGUUGUGAUCCAGGCUAAAGACAUGGCCGGGCAGAUGGGCGGGCUCUCGGGUACCACCACGGUCAGCAUCACCCUCUCGGAUGUGAACGACAACCCGCCACGCUUCACCAAGACUGUCUACGAGUUCAGAGUGCCCGAGUCCACCGAGCUCGGGUCUGUGGUGGGUGUGAUCCGGGCUAUGGACGCCGACAUCGGCGAGAACGCGGAGAUGGACUACAGGAUCAUUGGGAGCGACGGCCCCGGCAUGUUUGAUAUCUCCACCAAUAGGAGCACGCAGGACGGUGUCAUCGUGCUGAGGAAGCCUCUGGACUUUGAGAGGAAGCGUCAGUACAUUCUCCGUAUUCAGGUGGAAAAUUCCCACAUCAACCCUCGCUUCUUCUCGGUGGGCCCCUUCAGGGACGAGGCCACCAUCAAGAUCAUCGUGGAGGACGUGGACGAGCCGCCGGUGUUUGAGCGCACCAGCUACGUCAUGGAGGUCAAAGAGGACGCAGCCAGGAACACCGUCAUCGGCUCUGUCAGCGCUUCCGAUCCUGACGACAAAAAUAGUCUCGUCAGGUACUCUAUUGAUCGGCGCACAGACAUGGACAGGAUGUUCAACGUCCAUGCAGGCAACGGGUCAGUGUUCAUCCUCAGAGAGCUGGACAGGGAAGAGAGCGCCUGGCACAACAUCUCCGUCAUCACCACAGAGUUCAACAACCCACGCCAAAUCAGCCGUGUGCCUGUUUACAUCAGAGUGCUGGACGUCAACGACAACGCUCCAACAUUCGCCACCAAUUACGAGACAUUUGUGUGUGAGAACGCAAAGGCUAAUCAGAGGAUCCAAACCGUGAGCGCCACAGACCCUGACGAGCCACUCGGAGGACACCGAUUCUUCUUCAGUCUCGCACAGGAGGCUGCUGGGAAGGCCAACUUCUCUGUCCGUGAUAACAAAGACAACACGGCCUGGAUCCUAACAAGGAGGAACAGCUACAACAGUCUGCAGAAGAGCAUUUAUCACGUGCCUGUGGUCAUUUCUGACGGAGAGUUCCCAAUGCAAAGCAGCACCAACACCCUGACCAUCAGAGUGUGCACCUGCGAUCGCGAGGGCAACAUGAAGCUGUGCAACGCCGAGGCAUUCACCGCGAGGGCGGGACUCAGCACGGGAGCCCUGGUGGCCAUUUUGCUCUGUGUCGUCAUUCUGCUCAUGAUCGUGGUGAUGUUUGCUGCCCUGAGGAGACAGAGGAAGAAGGAGCCUCUGAUCAUCUCCAAAGAGGAUGUCAGAGACAACGUUGUCAGCUACAACGACGAAGGGGGCGGAGAGGAGGACACUCAGGCCUUUGAUAUCGGCACGCUGCGCAACCCGGAGGCCAUCGAGGAGAGCAAGCAGCGGAGGGACAUCGUCCCCGAGACCUUCUACCCAGCGGUCCGACGGCCCGCGCUGCCCCCGAUCCGGGACACCAACGGGGACGUGAGAGACUUCAUCAACCAGAGGCUCCAGGACAACGACAGCGACCCGACGGCGCCGCCUUACGACUCCCUGGCCACCUACGCCUACGAGGGGAACGGCUCCGUGGCGGAGUCCCUCAGCUCGCUUGACUCGGUGACCACAGAGGGCGACCAGGACUACAACUACCUGAGCGAGUGGGGACCCCGGUUUAAGAAACUGGCAGACAUGUACGGGGGCGACGACGACAGCGACAGGGAUUCCUAACGAGAGCCCGGCACGGGAAGAGAAAAGCGCGGAAAUCAAAACGCGCCCAUGAAACUUUCGUGCAAUUUUUUUGGGCGCACGCGUAGCGAGAAAAAAAGGACCGAGAAACGAGCACCAUUUGUCCAAGUGCUCUUUCACCGCUACCGCGCACCAUUCAGUUGUCCCUCCGGUGACCGGACGUAGGCUUUGUGUGUCAAGUCAGUGUUAGUUGCAUUUUUUUUUUUUUUUGCCAGGGUGCAGUGAAAAGAGACUUUGUGUCAAGACUUUUGUGUGUGUGUGUAUAUACAUGAGGCCCAAAUAUACCGAUUUUAUUUCUUCUUUUUCUCCAAAGCUGCGUUUGAUGGACAUGUUCAACAAGCAGUUUUGUAAAACCAACAGAUACGCCUAUGUAUUUUUCAGUGUUUCUCGGACAAAAACAUGCUGCAUAUUGUGAGUUCUAUCUUAGCUUGUGUACGUACGGUAAUAUGAUACAAUACGCUGUACAGUCGUUUUGUUUUCUAGGGAUUUUUAUUCCAAACGAUCCCCUCUUUCAGCGACGGCUGCCUCACGUUAGCCACAGUUUUUUGCUCGAGCCAGAACAUUUUGUCAUCCUCAUCUCUUGAUGAGAAAAAUGUGAAAUCUCGAUACAGGUUGGGUUGGGAUUGGAGAGGUACGCAUAAUCAAAUUUUUCUUCGUCGUGGCACGUUGCUGUCGACGAGUGGCUAAUUGUUCUUUAAGGCUUACAAAAGCCGUUCCCGCUUAAAGCUUGCGUGGAAUUUACAGCCACAUCUGACAUCUGAAAAAACACUAGUUAAGUUAUUUUUGCAGUAUCGGAUUUCCAUCUCCACACAGCUUUGAUCAUUCGCAGUGAGGUGAGCCAAAUACCAAAUAUUUCCCUUGUUGAGCUGAAUGUCUUCAGAACCAUUUUUUUCUCUGUGCAGCCAACUGGCUGAAAAAUGAAGUACACAAAAUAAGUGUUAUUUUCUAAGAUACAUUGAUAAAAAUGUACCAAUCUAAAUGUGCACCAUCCUCAAGAGGAAAAUACUGGUCUUGUUGGACUUUUCUUUAUUUUUUUGUUGCUCAUAUCGACCGCGGAAAUGUGUAAAUGUUUCACUCUGUACAGCAUGGUGUUAAGUCCCAUUAACUGGAGCUUGAAACUACGGCAUUAGAUUAAACAUCUCGUGGACAGUUAGCAUUAAAAUGAAUCAUGCAAAUUUAUUUUCAACAGGGAAAAGUAACAUUUGAAUCAACGUACCAAGCCGGAACAAUGAUAUGUCGACUGGAAUUAAAACAAUUAUACAUGCGCAUUUAAACUUGGACUCGGUCCAUCUGUAAAGCUUUUAUGCUUUUACAUAAGCAUCAAAGUCUAUAAUAUGAGUCAAAAGAGUUGCCUUAAAUUAAAAAAUACAAAUCUUCUCGCCUGGAUUUUCUUAAAUUUGGGGGUCAGAUUCUUUCCAAAAGAAGAGAAAGAACCAUCUAAUUGUGACCUACAGCAUUAAAAAAAGAAAUACAAAAUGAAGGAUUUUCUUACACUCGUUUGAUCAACAUUUCGUGUCCUGAGAUGGGCUCGGCCCUGCACAGUCGAAUGUAUAAUAAUGUAACAUAGCAGUUUUUGGAAAUGUGCCAAAAAGCAAAGAACACCAGUAUUUUCCUUUAAAAAUUCUUCUGAUUUCCGUACACUGGUCUCUUUCAUUACAUGUACUGUAUGUAGUGUUGAACAUGAAGCCAGUCCAAGUGUUCACCUAACUGAUUUCCCAGUGGGACUAAGAGCCUUUUUUUUUUUAAAAAGACCUGACCUUUGACCGGUGUGGAAUAAGGCGUCUCUCCGAGACGAGGUCGAAACAUUACCCUGCGGCAACAACACACAACGGUUUAGUUUUUAAAAGCGAUUUAGAAAAGAAAAAGAAAGAAAAGCAAUAUCAACAAAUUACUUCACCUCCCCUAACAAUGAAAAAAAAAAUAGUCUGGAAAUAACGAAGGCCAGGAACUGGGAGGGCAGAAUGAUAAAGAGAAAAAAAACAGAAAAGAGGCCAACCAAAACAAGCUCUGCCCUCACUUUAGCAAAAGGCCAACCUGUGAAGAGGCUGACAUUCAUCAGACAUUUGAAACCGUAAUAUCAAAACACAAUCGCAAAAUUGCCACAGCGGUACACUUUUUCUCCAAAAUCAGGCUCGACAUCGGUGCAGCGCAUUAAACAAUCCAAUUGAAAACACAGCGGUUGGAAGAUUCUUAACGCCCGGCUAUUGUAUACGUUUUUUUUUUUUUUGCCCCUUGGUUUAUUAGCUCUUUGCUGGCGCUCCCAUUGUGUAAGUGGCCAUUUUCAGACUGCAGCAACGUUUUCUAUGAUUACCUAUUAAUGGUUUUGAAAAACCCUUCACUCUAACAAAGCUGAUUUUUCUGCCUCAAGGUCCAAUGCGAGGUCUCAAAUGGAAAUCAACAUGACAGCAGCACUCAGCAAAAGCCUUUUUUCUUUUUCCUCCCUUCAGUCUUCACUAUUUUCUGUCUUCAUACAGGGUGUCAGCAUAUCGCCAUUACGAAGACGUGCUUGUGUUUUCCUAUGGAGAGUAUAAUUGCCUCCAAGCAUUGGCGCCAUGCUCAGCUAAGAUAACAGAAAAUGUUGCACAUCUCAAAAAGCACCGCCUCUUCUGUUUUGUUUUUUUAUUAUUUGAGGCAACUAGAUGGUGACGCUGAUGUCCUCUGUCUCCAGAUACAGUAGAUCCUGUGGUUGUUGAUGUGUAGACACGGUGGGCCCCUGGGGCUCAACCUCUACUGCGGUAUAUUAUGUUGGUGACAAUGUGAUUGAGCUGUGGAGUUUUGUUAAUGUAGAAACAACUUGAGAGGUCGUGGUAGUGUAAGAGGGCCCUACAUCGUUGGCUAUUCAUCAAUCUGCUUUGUAAAACGUGAUAUUUUCU